AUGCUGUAUCUUGUCGGAUUAGGUCUCGCAGAUGAGACUGACAUCACUGUUCGAGGGCUGGAAAUUGUCAAGAAGGCCGAAAGGGUAUACCUUGAAGCUUACACCAGCAUAUUGCUUGUGGACAAGGAAAAAAUAGAGGCCUUCUAUGGACGUCCCGUCAUUGUAGCAGAUCGCGAAUUGGUCGAGACUGGCAGCGAUGAUAUACUCCAAGGCGCUGAUCAGGUAGAUGUCGCGUUCCUGGUGGUUGGAGAUCCAUUUGGAGCUACAACUCACACAGACCUCGUCCUGCGCGCCCGCGAACUCGGGAUUGCAACAAGAUCAAUCCCAAAUGCGUCGAUAUUGUCAGCUAUAGGAUGCACCGGCCUCCAGCUCUAUAACUUCGGCCAGACUGUGAGUAUGGUAUUUUUCACAGAAACGUGGAAGCCGUCGUCGUUCUACGAUCGAGUGAAGGAAAACGUCCAGCUGGGAUUCCACACUUUGAUGCUCCUCGAUAUUAAAGUUAAAGAGCAAUCGAUAGAGAAUAUGGAGCGGGGAAGGAAGAUAUAUGAACCACCAAGAUACAUGACUGUUUCGCAGUGUGCCAGUCAGAUGUUAGAGAUAGAGGAAGAAAGGAAGGAAGGCGUUUACGGACCUGAUAGCCUUGCUGUGGGUGCUGCUCGUGUUGGUGCACCAAACCAACAACUUGUCGUUGGAACUUUGAAAGAGCUAUGUGACGUCGAUAUGGGGAAACCGUUACAUAGUUUGGUUCUCCUGGGCAAAAAGACCCAUGACCUGGAAAGAGAUUAUAUUCGAGACUUCGCUGUUGACAAAGCAACUUUUGAUGAGGCUUGGAAAAGCAAUUACGGAACGAAUUCGUGA